CGCCGGGCUGGGGCGCGGCCCGGGCGGCCGUGAGCUGCUCGCGCGGCGGGCGCCGUGCGCCUGCGGCUCGGAGGUGUGCGGCGCGGGCCAGCUCUGCGACGAGCUCGUGGGCGCGUGCGGCGCGCCGAACCGCAGGCUGCAGCCCAGAAAGAAAACGGACACCUCGACGUCCGCAACGACGACAUCGUCAUUCGCAACGACAUCACUGACGACGGUUACCACGACAUUCGUAACGACAUCACUGACGACGGUUACCACGACAUUCGUAACGACAUCACUGACGACGGUCACCACGAUCGCCGCCCAGCUAUGUUCAAUUAGGUGGGAGUCGCCCACGCCGUCGCCCGUGCCAGCUCCUGGUGAUGCGGUGACCGUGUCGGUGAGCAGCAGUGCGAGUUGGGACGACACCAAUUAUGGUAUCUCUUGUACGGAUCAAUUUGGCCAACCCUUGAAUUAUAUACGCGCCGGGAAUGUUUCUCGGGAGACCGAGAAUGUCGCCACGGUGACUUACACUUGCGUGCUUAGUGAUAACACUCCAGUGCCUCUGUAUUGCGAUGGCUUUGUCACAGACCAGCCCGCACCCACCCCGCAGAACUUCCUAACCCGCACAGUCAACGUCAGGGACCAGGUCAAACUAGUCGACAACAGAACAUAUUACGCCUGGUACGACGAGUGUAGCAGCUCGGGCAACCGACGACGACGAAGCUGCAAGUCCCCUGAAGACCCUGCGCUCUUCGGCGACGACUGGGCCGACGCGAAGGCCAAUUCUAAUUGUAUCUCUGACAACGACUUCCACGGCGAUGAGGACUUGGUCGAAUUUUGGUUCUCCGACGGUACGAAUCAAGAGCUCGACGAUACUUACAGCCACACUUGCUCAUGGUGCAGCACCGGCAGCCUCCCGCACACUGAGACAGUCUCGUACACGUGUCGUCGGCGGUCAACGACCAUUACGCGGGAGGUCGUCGUCAUGGAGCAGCUGAGGCUGACCCAGGUCGGGCCGGCCGCGUCCCCUCAGGUCGUCCGGACAGACAGCAGCGUCAGCUGGUCAGACCCAGGGCACGAGUGCGUCAACAACGCCAACCUCCAAUUGGAUGCCGCAAUUUUUGGGGACGUGAGCCCGAGUACCUACGACCGGAGCUCCGCGGGCACCACCACGAUCAGCUACGACUGCCGGCGGCGCACGGGGGACAUGUCCAGUGAGCCUUCGGGCACGCGCCAGGUGAUCAUUCGCGAUGCCAUCGAAUUGCAUGGGGACAAUCCGGACGUCAAGCGCACGUCGGAUGACGUAAACGACCUGUGGCAGGACCCUGGCAGCGACUGCAUCGACAUUGACGGGACGAAUUACGACACAUUGUUGUGGGAUGCUGCGUCGAGCACCUGGAGCAACACGAUUGCCGUUAGCAGGAACAUUGGGCAGACAUUCACGGUGACCUACAGGUGCCAGGCCCCCACCCCCACCCCAGACGUGACGCGUGUGGUCGAGAUCACCAGCCCGCUCUCUCUGGUGGGGUCCUCCACCCAGACGAUCCUGAUACAGAACGAGUUUGGCGCGCCCUCUACGUGGACGGACAAGGGCGCCAACUGCAUCACCCCGAGCGGGUCCCCCAGUCCGGCCCCACCAGACCCCGCGCACAUCGAGAGGAGCUGGGAGGACACGAUCACGGUCAGCUACACGUGCGCGGGCGUCCCGUCCCCCGCCUAUCGGCACGUGGAGGUGAAGUACCCGAUACAGAUUACCACCAGCAACCCGACAGUGUUGUUGCAAGCUGGCAAGUUUGGAGCUCCGAGCAGUUGGACUCCGUCCACCGCAAGUGCCGACGUCACCUGCAUUUACUACGAGGAGGACAUUCUCGCAAGCCCAGUGUCCACGAGUCUGACUGUCAGCGCGACGCCAACCUCAUUGGACAGAAGUGCGAUCGGCAGCUUCACGGUGACGUACUCAUGCGAGUACAACAGCUACACCUCCACUCGCUCUCUGCAGGUCAGAGUGCGCAACCCCAUCGAACUGAUCGGAGGCUCCCAGCUUAAGGAGUUGGCAGAUGGUGGCGACUGGGCCGAUCCAGGCGCGGACUGUAUUGACCUGAGCGGUUCAGCCGUGAAUUGGACUUCCACGGGAGACGUUGACCUCACGGCAGCGGGCACCUUCUACGUGACCUACUCGUGCACUAGUGCGGGAGACACGCAGCAGCUGGUCAGGCAGGUCGAUGUGUACACUUCGCAGCUGACCCUCUACGGCAACAGUCCUCUAGUGAUCCAACAGUAUCGCAGCUUCAGCGAUCCUGGGGCUCUCUGCUUGGAGUCGGAUGGAACCUCCAGCGUGGUCGUCUCCUCCUCCAGCGUGGACACCAGCACGAUCGCGACCACACAGCUGCCUUACACGUGCACCGCCGAUGGCGCCACGCACACCGCGACGAGGACGGUGGUGAUCACUGACGGGAAUCCGCAGUGCAAGCUUCGUGGCAGCUCCGUGUUCGUGCUGGCCGAAGGGGAAACGUUCGAGGACCCGAAGGCGUGCUGCCUAGACCAGGCAGGUCAGUUCUUGGGCUGGGGCACGGCCGUGGGGCCUGCUGCGUCCGCCUGGUCUACGCUGGAGCCCGGGCCGCACGUGGUCGCCUACGCGUGCGCGAGGUCAGGCUUCGCCACAGACACGGAGCAGCGCACCGUCAUAGUGAACCACUCUCCCGAGAUAUACCUCACGGGCCCGGCGCACCUCCGCGUCAUGGAGAACAGCAACUACGUCGAUGAGGGCGCGAUGUGCGCGGACGCCGAGGACGGCCUGAUAUCUACAUGGGGCUCCGACGGGCUUGGCAUCGUGGGUCUGCUUCCGAUUUACCGCGCGGGCGCCGACGCAUCGGGCGUCACCGCCGGCGCCGUGGAGAGCGCGUUCGACGGGGACACCGACGACACUGCGUCCGACUGCAACUGCGUCCAGAUCGCGGCGUCGGAGGUGCUCUGGCUGGACCUCGGCGCGGCCCGGGUGGUGCACAGCUUCCGGCUGUAUGGGGCCAUCGCGGCCGGCACGGUGGCCGUCGGCAACACGCAGACCUCUGGGGGGGUGACCUGCGCGACGGGCGUGGCCGCGAGCGCAGGGAGCCCGACGGCGGAAACGGAGUGCUCAGCCCCGCUUGCCGGGCGGUACGUGCAGAUUGCAGCGGGGAGCGGCGCCAUGACGGUGUGCGAGGUGCUGCUCUACGGCACCGUGGGGCCGGCUGCCCCCGCCACUCUGAGCCUGAGUAUCGACACCAGCUGCUGUUCGGACUGCACUGGGCAUGCGCACCGCUUCGCGGGGGGCAGGGGCCUGGCCAUGGCCGUCAGGGGGGUGCUGCUCCUGCUGAUGGUGACGCUGUGCAGAGGGCAGGCCCUGCAGAUGGCGGCGGCCCGCUUGCAGCGGGGGCGCAAGGCCAUGGAGGCGGCCGAGCAGCAGUGGAAGAGAGCCAAGCAGGAGUUGGAGCGGUGCACGGAGAAGCUUCGUGCCUGCGCGACAGAGGUUAUGAAAGCUGAACGUGAGGAUAUCGCGAAAGCCAAAGAGUUCUUGCCACCUGGGGAACUGCCCGUGCCACGUGGUGCUGUCCUGGACAUCCGGGAGGUGCUCGACGGUAACCUGGAAUUGGAGAUCAGUCUGGGAGUCGACUUGGACGGGUUGGGCCUCGCGCAAUCGGACCAUGACAUAUUGGAGAAGACGAAGAGUGAACUCCAGGUCUGGUCGCGCAAAGCGGUGCAAGACACGCAUGGCCAAAUCAAUGAGAAGUUGCAGGAUCAGAAGGCCAAGGUGCCGACGCAGGCUCUGAGGCGCCUGCGCGAGGAGCGGCGACGGGUGCUGGCCGAGGCUCGGCAGCAGACCCCGCCCCUCGCGCCGCGCCAGCUCCUGGGGAUGAGCAUUCGCUCAAGGUUCAAGAUGCCGCCUCCCUUGCAGUGCUGGGGGACGCAGGAUUGGGGCCUGGAGUCUGAUGAGGGCCCGCAGCAGGAGGAUGACGGCGAGUCGACUGGCGAGGACGACGGCAAGUUCGGCCAGAGAGCAGCGCAGGGAGAGAGCGUGUCGCAGCUGCUCCUCGAGACGGCGCCAGAAGCCCAGGACAGGCUCUGGCGCGAUCUGUCGGCCAGCCGGUCACGGGGCACGCCGCCGAGGUACAUGGUAGAUUCGAAGGCGUUUCGGUUGGAUCCCGAGGCGUCGCUUUCUGUUGGCAGGUCCUUCGCGGAGUGGACUGUGAAGUUUGCGCUCCGCCUGCCCACGCUCAGCGGCUUGCGCCACCCCGCCCGCCAGGUCCAGGUCUGA